AGCGUACAUUUGUACCUGCGAACAGUGUUUGACCUGGCUUUGACUGCAAGUAAUAUCAAUAUCAUUUUCCACUUGCAAAUCCGAAAUUCUAAAAUUUAAAACUGAUAGCAGUUUUUUUUUCUGCAAGGAAGAACUUAUUUAACCAUGCAACGAUAUGAUAUGGAAUCAGGUUUAAAAACAAGAACUAACAAGCGCUUGGUGUACUUUCUAGUGUUUUUGGUGGUUGUAAUUCCAAUUUUAGUCGGAGUACUAGUGUGGCAUUUCACGAACAAAAAUUGUGAGAAUAGUUUACCUGUUGUGAAUGGGGACAGUGAUGCAAACUCUGGUAAUGAGCUGACGAUACAACCCAGCACCACCCAGACCACCACACCCAGAUUUUCGGAAACGGAGCCAUGGAAAAAUCUACGAUUACCUAGAUACGUGAUGCCAGUUCAUUAUUUCAUUACUCUCUUUCCGGACAUUUACAAUGGGAAUGGAUGGUUUUACGGAAACGAGUCAGUGGAAAUUGAAAUAUCAAAGGACACGAAAUAUAUUUUGAUUCAUAUAAAUUACUUGAACAUCACAAGCACUUCGUUGAGGAGGAAAAAUGACAGUAGUAGAAUUGAAAUCAAAGAACACUUUCAUUACGAACCAAACCAAUUCUGGGUGAUAGAAACACGGGAGAUUUUACUGCAGGGAAGGAACGUGAUUUUAGAUCUAAGUUUCGAUGGUAGUUUGACCAGGGCAAUCGUUGGAUUUUACAAAAGUAAAUAUGUUAACUCCAUCACGGGAGAAACAAGGUACUUGGCAACGUCCAAAUUUGAGCCUGUAGACGCUAGACGAGCCUUUCCCUGCUUUGACGAACCAAAUAUCAAAGCCAACUUUAGCGUUCACCUGGUACACCAAAAUGGUUACAUCGCCCUGUCUAACAUGCCAGACGUGAAAACAGAGACUUGGAAACAUAAUGCCAACUUGCAAAUAACAUCUUUCCAAGAAUCAGUGAAAAUGAGUACUUACCUAGUCUGUUUCAUUGUCUGCGACUUCAAAUACCUCGAAGGCACUACGAAGUUUGGAACUAAGGUGAGAACAUUUGCAACUCCAGAUCGAUACAAUCAAACAGAAUUCUCUCUAGAAGUAGCCAUUAAAUCCAUGGAACUAUAUCAGGACUUGUUUAACGUGUCUUAUCCACUUCCUAAACAAGAUAUGAUAGCGAUUCCUGAUUUCGUGUCGGGCGCCAUGGAACACUGGGGUUUGAUUACCUACAGGGAGACCAACAUAUUAUACGACCCCGAACAGGCCUCUCCGUCUAACAAACAGAGGGUAGCAGUGGUGGUUGCCCAUGAAAUCUCCCAUCAGUGGUUUGGAAACAUAGUUACAAUGGAUUGGUGGGACGAUCUAUGGUUAAAUGAAGGAUUUGCUAGCUUUAUGGAAUAUCUGGGAGCAAAUGUUACGGAACCUACGUGGGAGAUGCUCGAACAGUUUGUUACAGAAGACGUACAGCCAGUCAUGGUGGUCGACUCCGUCACUUCCUCCCACCCUAUCGUUGUUAAUGUCAACAACCCCAAUCAGAUCAAUGAAGUGUUUGACAGUAUCUCGUACAGCAAGGGAUCAGCAAUCAUUGGUAUGCUGGAGGCUGUAAUGGGAAAAGGCAAAUUCUUUCUUGGAGUUGGGAAUUACCUGAAGGCCUUCCGGUGGGGAAAUGCAAAAACAGACGAUCUAUGGAACGAACUGAAUAAGGCAAACACAGAAGGAUUUGGUGUUAAAGAGAUGAUGGAUACUUGGACUCGACAAAUGGGAUUCCCUUAUAUUAACAUCACUUUACAAACAGAACGCAACAAAACAGUUGUAUCUGCAACACAAAAUCGGUUUCUGGCGGAUAAGUCAACAGUUUUUGAUCCCAAUGAAUCGCCAUUUGGAUACAAAUGGUAUAUAUAUUUAGAUUACUCACUCAGUAGCGGAGGAAGUGGACAUUUUUGGAUAAAUAAAACGGAGGUCAAAGUGAAAUUUGACGUUCCUGGCACAUUUCAGACUUCCGGAUGGAUAAAAUUUAACAGACGUCAGAAAGGGUUUUAUCGCGUAAAUUACCCGGACAGUAUGUGGUGUAAAUUCUCUACCGAGCUGGAAACCAAUAAUACGAUAUUGAGUAAUGUGGAUAAAGCAGGACUCAUAGACGACUCCUUUAACUUGGCUCGAGGAGGUUACAUUGAUUAUAGUAUUCCUCUAAACCUUAUUAAAUUCUUGGACACGGAAUUGAAUCAUCUUCCAUGGGAAAGUGCCUGUACUGGAAUAGAAUAUAUUUCCGAUAUGUUGCAAACUGGAGCUUCGUUUUCACUAUUAAGGGAUUUCAUCAUCGAAAAAGCACGUCCAGUUUUGUCCCAGAUUGGAUGGGAAGACGAUGGUGAUCACUUAAAAAAAUUGAUGCGUGUAAACCUUAUUUCCCUCACUUGUGGAAUGGGCGAUAAAGACUGCCUGGAUAAUGCAACAAAUAGAUUUAGAAGAUGGCUAGACAACGGGGAGAGUGUAACCCCCAACAUUCGAUCAAUUGUAUACAAGUAUGGAAUGCAAAACGGAGGUUCUCCUGAGGACUGGGACAGAAUGUGGGAUAAGUAUAAGAUAGAGACCGUACCACAGGAGCAGAUAAAGCUACUGUACGGAAUGGCUAAUACCCAAACAAUGUGGUUGCUAGUCAGGUACCUAGAAUAUGCCAAGAAAGAGAAUAUGGUACGCUCACAGGAUUUCUUCACAGUUGUUCAAUAUAUUUCACAGAAUCCAGUUGGAAAUAAACUGGUUUGGGACUGGAUUCGUUAUAACUGGGAUUACCUAGUGGACAGAUUUACAACUUAUUCGAGAUCUUUAGGUAGACUUGUACCAAACGUAAUAUCUGAUUUCAACACCGAAUUUGAGCUACAGCAGGUUCAAGAUUUUUUCAAUAAAUAUCCUGAUGCUGGAGCGGGUGCUAGAGGUAGGCAGAACGCCAUAGUCUCUAUAAAGGCAAAUAUAGAGUGGAAGAAGAUUAACGAGAAGAAAAUCACUGAUUGGCUACACCAAACGUUAAAUGCAACCAAUCAAACAGUGGAUGGAAGCUGUUAAAGCCACAUUGUGCAUUGAACAUAGAGAAUUGUAAAAUAAGUUGUAUAUAGGUUUAUCUUAUCCUUAUCACGGGGUUUUGAAACAAUGUGUAUAUAGUAUAUUGGAGUAAACUAACAAACUGCCGUCAAAUUUUUGAUUGCUCGCUUCAAACUCACAAAACUUCGGUAUUAAGGUAAUUCCACCCCUCUAGAAUUAUAGGUUCAAUCUUAUAUUUGAUUCUUGAUUCUUCAAAUAAUAUAUUUUAGUGACAAAUAAAAAUGAUAAAAUAAAUAUGUUGCGGUAUUAAUAAACUUUUAUCAAUUAGCACACAUAUACCUGUUAUCAACGUCAGAAAAUUGCAAUUUUCCUUAAACAGCAUUAUCAAAGUUUCACAAAAACUAGUCAAAACGAUAUAAUAGUAUUCAUAACAUUUCAUGAAACUAUUUCUUUAAAGAAUGUAGAAAAUGUUUCUGAAAAUUAAAGGAAAUUUAUCACAUAAUGGACUUGAUAAACAAUUUAAUGAAAACAGAGAUGUUGCCUUUGAAUUCAAUAAUUUGAAACUUAUAAUUGAUUAUUAAUGUAUAAGUUAGACUAAAGAAAUAUUUUAUAGUUAACAAGAAUUUUUACAAUAACUAUUGAACAAUACUCCAACAAAAUUUAUGUUCCUGUCAUGCAUACAUCUUAUCAAAUCAUAGACUUUGCGAAAUCCUAUAACGUCGCAGGAGGGUGGAAAUACGUUAAUCGUGAUAAUUAAUGCAUUAAUUUUUUUCCCAGUCGAGAACCAGAAUAUUGUUCUGUUUGGUAAAUGCAUAAAUCAUUUAACUGACUUCACAGAAACUUUGACCACCGCGGUGGACUAGAGUUUAUAACGUUCGCCCCGCAUCGGAAGGUCGGGGUUCGAAUCCCGGCCGCAACAGACCUAAGUCGUUACAACAGGUAGUGACAGUUCCAUCGCCAAACGCUCGGCAUAAGGUGUGAAUGUCGCGGGUUCUCGAAGAUGACCUUAAAAACGGAUGCCCCGUGUCACAGUAGGUGUGGCACGCUAAAGAACCCUCACUGCUCAAUGGUUGUAAGCUCCGAGUAAAGGUCUAAAUUUGAAGCCCUUCACCGGUCUUUGUGACGUCUCCAUAUGAGUGAACAAUUCUUGAGAGAAACGCUAAACAAGAUACAAUCAAUCAAUCAAUCAAUCACAGAGACUUUGAAAAAAUAAGUUCAACUUCCGAGAAUUUGAUCGCCAUUUUCUCCAUGCAUUUUCCUACAUACGUUGGAGUUUACUCAUCCGUCAUACGUUGCAGUCCAUUUUGGUUACCUUUUAAAAUAUAGCUACUUGUGGUCACCCUCACAAUAUUUGAAUGAAUGUUGAUCGUCCGUUUCAAAGUUUUCAUAGUUUGAAGCGAGCAACAAAGAAUUUAACGGUAGCUUUGUUAGUUCCCUUUACUCCUAUUAUAGAAAUGUACUAUGCUCAGAUUAUGUCAAAACCAUGUGAUCUUUAUAAUAUCAUGCGUGCAAUUAAGAUGCAAAAUGAGUUUCCUUAAUUGUUUUGAAAUACUUGGCGUUUCAUUGCAUUAUGUAUUGUUUGAAUGCAUUUUAUCAUUGAGAAAGUGUAUCUAUCAUAGUUAUUACUGCUACUAGAACUAUUUUUGUACCCAUAUAUAAAAACAAAAAUACUGUCUUUCUGUUGAUUAAAGGGAUUCAUUUCCCUUAAACUAUUUGCUUGUAUUAUAUACUAGUCCGAUAGCGUAUAUAUUAUUUCUGUGUUGUUUUUUUUAUUGAUAACCGAUAUUCUAACACUUUUUAUAAUCCUGAUUUGAAAAUUAAAACAAUUAUGAUUGUCA